CCUCCUCUGGUUCUGACUCAUAAAAUUUAUUGUCAGUGCACGGUUAGCGAACAGAUAUGCGAAAGCAUAUUUUGGAGGCAUUUUUUCAAACAAAAUUUAAAGCGAAGUUGAACGACAGGUGCCCAAUAUGAGACCAACAAUGGCAUCCUGGGUGAUCCCACUACUGUUAGCAGGAGUAAUAGCAGUGUCCAUAGCGGAAACCUACGACUGCACCAUCGAAAAGGACAAUGAUCUGGAAAUAUGCGUAUUUCGCAAUGUGAAAUACUUCAAAAACACGACACAAAUUGCCUUCUAUUCACCCGGCUCGACAAAGCCGGAAAAUGUGGCCUUCAAGGACAGCCAUAUGGUGGCCAUUCCUCCGAACUUCUUGAUCGCGUUUGCCGACAACUUAAAGGUACUGAAGGUUGAAAAUUGUCAACUGCAAACAGUGACAAUCACAAAGAAUUUGUUAGCUCUGCACGCCAAGAACAAUUACAUCGAAAAGGUAUUGAUGUACCGGAACAAUCAGUGCGAAAAUCUCAGGGAAUUAGAUUUAAGUAGCAAUCGUUUGGGAAAUGUUGCCAAUGUGACAAGCUGCCUUAAGCUCGAGACACUCAAUUUGAGUGAAAAUGAAGAUCUCUGGGAGGACAGUACUCUCGAUCUGUCGGUAUUCUCAAACAUGGUUCAACUGCAAGAUCUCAAUCUAGCCGGAACAGGAGUGCUAUACCUGGACAACACUAAGAAAAUCGGUUUACCUCUGUUAAAAACCAUAGACCUAUCGAAAAACGACAUAUUGCCCUCAGAUUUGAGACUAGAAAUCUUCUAUCCUUUCACGGCUUUGGAAACUCUCAAACUGAAUGACAAUAAUAUGGACAGCAUCGACUACGCCCAUCUGCUGGACAUGAAAUCGCUGAAAGCCGUGUACCUGAACGGAAACAGUUUCCAGUGCCGAAAUAUAAAGGACAUGCUUGAUUUCCUCCAAGAACACAAUAUUGCCACGCCGACUGAUCGGCACAGCAACUGCGAACAGAAUGAGCGGGAGGUUGAAGGAAUGUGCUGUACCGGGCCGAUGCCUCCUAGACCUCGUCCUGAACCAGUUCCUUCUCCUCAAACGACGCCUUCGCCGCCACCGCCACAGCCGCCGCCGGAGGAACCCGGUAAAACUGAUCACGAAGAUGGGCACAAGGCCCAGGACAACACCAAUGGUAGCAACGAAGGUGGAAAUGGAAGUUCUCACCUGGUCAUAAUUGGUGCUGCGGUCAUAGUGAUUGUGGCAGCCAUUGGAGGUGGAAUUUACUGGUAUAAGCGAAGAAGUGCUUGAGUUGGUGUUAAGUUUUCUCUACUGCCCAUAAACACAUAAUUCUCUCAUGUGACAUCCAGCAAACAUGGGACUGACAUGCAUGUUCGGUAAUUACGGGAGUGCCUCUUAUGGCAUAGUGCUAUUUGGCAUAAUACCAAAGCUGAUCCUUCUUUCUCGAUUACCAAAUUAUUAAAUAAGAUACUCCCAUAAUAACCAUAUGUAUUUUGUAGUUGUAAACUUAUUGAAAAUGUUUAUGUGCCAUAACAGCACGGAAAAGUUGAUAGUUUUAGUUCGUUUUAUCAAAAAAUGUAUAACAGUCUCAAAAAACUGAAAAUAAAAUGAUUUAUCCUCGAAA